AUGCAAGAGGUCGCCGGAUCAAAGAUGCGGCUUUCUUGGAAUUUCAAAUUUGUCGAUGAGCUACUUGGCCUUAUCUUCGCCGCUGGCCGUGGUGUAGAUGUCGGCUCCAGUCAUCCGCGCAAUUUGGAUGGUGGCAAGACCAACACCCGCUGGCGCCAUAUUGAAUCAACACCAUCCCCUUUGAAGGCGGCCCCUGUUAGUCAGGGAAUGGACGCCGAAAUUGUUAGAGAUUUUAUCGCAAAAUUGCUCGGUAUCGGUGACGAGGGUGGCAAACGUCUUGAUGCCCAUAUGACAUAA